AUACAAAUUCCUUAUUAAAAAGUAGAUGAAGCUUUUGAGAUUGAAGGAAAAAAUAUUUAUAUAGUUAGCUUCCUUGAGGUUCCACAGUCGUGGGCGAGCGGCGCUUGCGCCAGUUACUCGCACGCCAUCUUUACUUCGCCACUCAUGAAAAUUCUCAGAGUUUCCGAUUAUGCGGUGGUUGAAACGUCGACGCUGAGGGAGGCGGACUUGAAGGAAAUACAGCAGGAACCCUAACAGUGGUUGCUCAUUAUGCGUGUGGGGGGAAACAUUGCGUGAGUGAGGAGUGCGUGAGCGAGCAUGUCCCCGCCUGACGGUCCUGCCGCCAUGCAGACAAAUUCCUGAGACAACAUUGAUGGUCGAGGCGCGAACACAGGCGGCCAGUUGUUGUGGUGGACGGUGCUUUCUGGCUCUGACCUCUACAAACACACUCGUUGUUACUUGUUUCUAGUCUGGUGUAAAGCCAACGUCUCGCAAAGAUGACUGCCGAAAAGCAGAUUUGUUUAGGUAUAUGCGUGUGUCAAAUGGUGGCCAUCUUGUCAGGGGUAUCGCUACUUUACCUGACAGUUAUCGUCAUUAUUCCUUCGAAAGAUGAACUGGCAAUGGGCUUUAAAAUGACGCCCAUAAUGUGCACGACGGUAGAAGCUAAAGACUUAGCCUCGGGGAACAAGAAACUGCCUUGUAAUUGGUCGACGUGCGGCGAGUGGUGCCUGUCCAAGGGCUCUGGCACAUGCAUGCAGAUCAACGUCAUGGUACGUAACAACGGGUCAAAAGUCAACUUUCGGGACUGCGUUGAUAUAUCUGACGACGCCUGCUCGGCGCUCGACGUCAAUGUAACCCACAUUAGGUACUGUAAGAGAGGACAGUGUAAAGAUCUAACCGGCCUCUACUACUGUACUAAAGAUGGUGAAAACGAGUGCAGAAACAUCACACCUGCAUUUAUGUGUCACAGUCGUAAAGUAGAUCGAAAUCCAGUCCAGUGCAAUGAGGAAAAGUGCGAAGACAGGCUUAACGGGGUAUAUUCCUGUAAGGCCGGCAAGUGCCACCACCUGAAAGAGAUCAACAAGUAUUGGCGCGACUGUGAACGGAAAUGCACGAAACUUGAAAUGCGAGAACGGAAUGUUAUAAUUUUUAGUCGGGAAAGACUAGUGGCCACGGCUUGCUCGUCCAUGGACUCCCCAGACAACAGUACCUUCAACACCACAUCCAGUAUCGAGUCCGUCAGCAACAGUCAGGAGUGGCGUGACAAAAAGGUGGCGCUCCUUAUCUUCUGUUCGUACGUGGAGAAAGUGACAGGCAAGACAACCUACGACCUCCUGUCUGCGGACUGUUUCAACGCCACAUUAGGGAGCGCGGAAGACCUGCAGGGCCUGAAAGACUACAUGAUGCUCUUGCAGCUGCAUCAGAACCUGGGCAACCGCUCGGAGUGGGUCAUCCCACCGGAACACACGCUACGCGUUAUGAACAACACCCAGCUACGCAUAAACCCUGAGGGCUGCGUCAACACCUUGCGUAAGGAAUGCACAGCCUUCUUUGAGACGCACGCCCACGACGGCUUCGACGGCAUGACCCCGGAUCGCUACCCCUGCUACAUCACCGACAAGAGCCAGAACUUCGUCAUCGGCAAAUUCGACCCGCAAAGGACCACCACCAUCCUGCUAGUGGCGACCAUCCUGCCAGGAUGCCUCUUCGUGCUGGCGUGCAGUUGUCUCUUCAUUUGCUCCAAAUCGGUAGGAGUGGACGACGAGGGCCACCUGAGGGUGACACUACUCCAGGGAGGGGCCGCAGGAGGUAACGCAAGCGAUCUGUGAGCCCACUCCUUGUCUCUGGCUCAUCAAAAAGAGUGACUACUGGAUGGCGGGGCUGUCGGACAAGGUGGAGGAUGAGCCUGCUGGUGCGUCGCUACCCAGGGCAACCACACCGGUUCAAACUACAGUUUAAUCGUGAUUUCAGUUACCAGAGGCUAUCAUUCCCAGUAAUGAUGAUUAUCCUAUCUUUAGCCCCAAAAUAAGGGCACCUUCAGUCCUGGAAUUAUGAGGUCAUCUUCAGCCCCAGUAUGAAGUCAGCAUCAGUAUUAGGUCACCUUCAGCAUCAGUAUGAGAUCGCCUUCAGCCCCAGUAUGAGAUCGCCUUCAGCCCCAGUAUGAGAUCACCUUUAGCCCUAAGCAUGAAGUCACCUUGAGCCCCAGUAUGAGGUUACCUUGAGCCCCAGUCUGAGGUCACCUUCAGCCCCAGUACGAGGUCACCUUCAGCCCCAGCAUGAGGUCACCUUCAGCCCCAGCAUGAGGGUCACCUUCAGCCCCAGCAUGAGGUCACCUUCAGCCCCAGUAUGAGGUCACCUUCAGCCCCAGAAUAAUGAGGUUACCUUCUCACUUCACAUUACAUCUUAGCACCGCAAGCUUCAUAGAGAUUCCUCGAGUGAUUAUACUGGAAGCAGGCACCAAUGCAGCCUUUCUAAGCUAUCAUUACUAAAAACUGUCUUUGCUCUUCUAUUACAUGUUAUGAACUUAAUGGAAGAGACAGCUUCAGAUAUGCACUGCAUUUACCUAUGAUCAGCAACAAGUUUGAGAUAGAUUGACUUAGUCUGAACCUCUUCUGGAAAUAUUUAUUGUAGUUGUAAACAUCUAUAUAGUUAUUUUAUUUUACAGUAGAAGCAAAUGCACUAAUAAUUAAUCUGACUGCAGAUUUAUAUAUAGGAUGAUUGAAAUACAGUAUAUAUUAUUACUAUAAAUAUUAGUACAGUACUUCAAGACUUUAGUGCAGCAAACUUUCAAAUGUGAUAUUUGUCACAUAUUGAUUAAUAAAAGGAUUAUUAACACUUAAAAUGCAUUUGACUUUAUUAUAUAUCAGUUCAUAUUGCUAGAUAAUCAAUAUCUAUAAAAUUACAUUAUCAAAUAAUACCUGCACUCGGAAUAUUCUGCCUACUAAACACUAUGUUGAAAAUUAAUUAAAUUGUUUUAGAACUCAUUAAAUGUGUAAUCAAUUGUAAUAGAUUUUAUUAUAAAUUCAUGCACUCGAUUAUAAAAGUUCUAACUGGACAAUGGUACUACAGUACUUACAUAUGAAUGAAUGAGGCAAGGCAGGUCUCCAAAACAUACCGGCAGCAAACUAUUCAGCAGACUGCCACAUUUUGAUUAAGUUUUCUUACUUUACAAAAUAGAUGCAGUCCUGGAAUAACAUACAUAUUUUAUCCUAAGCAACACAUUUUAUUAUUAAAUUUUUUAAUAAAGUGAACAAAAUGUGUGUCUUUCAAUAGGGUUACAAGUGAUAUGUAUGAUAAGGCUAGCACCAACACGAAGCAUUAAUUUUGUACUAUUGUUCAUUAGGUAGUACAUUAUUGUACGUCUAAUAGAUUUUUGUUAACUUUCCAAGAAUUUGGAAAUAUUACAUUUCAAUAUGAAAAAUACUAUUGUGCUGUACUAUAUACACUAUUGUUACAUUUUAUGGGCAUGUCACAUAUCACUUGUCACACCAUAUGCAUUCUAAAGCCAAUUGUAUCUACUUAACUGUUAUGUAAGAUAGUAAAUCUACUUGUAUUUUAGGUAAAACUUGCCUAAAGUUUUUAUGUAAAGUAUGGAAACAAAAUUAUGAUUUAACUUCUGCCAUCCAAAAUUGCUGUCCUGUUCCAAAUAGAAAAAGUAAUCAAUGACAAAUAGAUAGAGAUGCCAAGGUAGCUACAGUACAAGUGAAUAUUUAACUCUUAUUCUAUCAUGUACCAUACUGGCAAGCCUUCCAACUGAACCUUAAAAUACUAUAAAUUCUGGUGGAUUGAUAUAAGCCCCACAAAACCAGACUACCCUUCCAUCAUGGUUAUGCGAGACACACACACAACCAACCUAUCAUCCUAUCAUGGUUAUGCAAGUCACACACAACCAGGCUACCUUCCCUUCAUAGUUACAUCUUUAUCAGUGAGAAAGUUUGACUGUUAAGUUUUGUAAACAUUAAUUCUAGUGUUGUAUCAUGUUGUUAUUAUAAUUAGUUAAAAUGUUACUGUACUUAUUUUUUCUACAUACUGUAUACCUUAUUCAAUGUUGUAUUCUAAAAAUGGCAAAGUUCAACGAGGGAAAUGCAAUGGUACAGCCUCGAGAUUUUAGCAUCCACAUUAAGUAUAUCGUGACAUAUGAUAAGUACCUGAGUUCUGGUGUGUGGAUACGUUAUGGCAGCUCCAUCGUAUAUAGCACACAAGCUUUCCAAUACAGAUAAGGCUGAGACUAGUUAUGAGGGAAGGAAAGACCUAAGUGAUGGUGCCAUAACUUACCUUCAGCGACAGUUACAGAUAAUUUUUGGGAAAAUAGCUGGACUCGGGAAAGUGCCAGCACACAUUGUCAAAAGAAUAUGCUGGAGCAUACUGCCAUUUUGUCGACAAAUUUUAAUUAUUGUUGCAAUAUCAUGGCUUUACAAACUUUGUCCAUUUGAACUGGGCACUACAAACAAAUUCAUAUGCACAACUUACAGUUUUCUCAUUUAAAUUAUAUGAAUGGGUAUAAACAAGUGUUACACCUUAUUCAUUAAACAUUUUCAAUUGUGUCAUUUAUCAGUUGUGUGAGAACUGUGAAAAAAUGGAGGGAGCUUUACAUGUUAUAAACACAUUAGAAAUUAAUAUAAAAAAUUAGCAGAUUAUUUAACUACUAUGGCAUUAAAGCUCCCUUCUGGUUACCUUUACUGUAUAUAUACAUAUAUUUUUUUCAUGCUUGUUCUAGCUCUGCAUGUAUAUAUAUAUGACAGUGCUAAAGUACUCAUAUACUGUUGACAAGUAUUGUAUUGUUAGGCAUCAGUUUAGUUAUAACUAGGACAUGCAGCAUACAAUGACCUGGUGCUAUUAAUGAAGAGAAUUUUAAUGCAGAAAUUUAUUAGAUAAAUUCAAUUUACCACUGUUAUAUAAUUCAUGAUAGGUUUAACAAAUUUAAAGGCUAUAAUCUGUCCAAAAUUAGUUGUAGCCAUUUAUAGAUUUGUUUUCCAAAAUGUUUAAGCGCUUUAUCUACCCAUUAUCUUAAAAUAUUAAACAGCACAAUUAUUAUAAUAAGAGAAAAUCUAAGUCACCAGGAUUUGUUGCUUGAUUGUGCAACAUUCUCAUCUGUAAUAACUUGCAUAUGCAUUCAGAAUACAUCUGCACAAUAUUUGUGCUUGUUGAUGCUUACAUUUCUACACAAAGUUUGCAAUAAACAUUGCUCAACA